AUGGCUCAAAUUCUGCACCUCUAUGUCCUUUCAACUUUACUUUUUGCUCUUUCUCUGAAGGUUACCUCCACCUCCCACCACAGCCACCAUGAACUCAAAUCUCUCCACUUUGCACUUUACCAACAUGAAACCAUAAACAAAACCGGAUAUAUCAUAGUGAAUGGUGUGGUAGGAGCAGGUGUUGGUCAAACCACAACACCUUUCGGCACCUUGUUUGUUUUCCAAGAUCCAAUGACUGUAACACCCAAUAUAUCUUCAAAAGUUAUUGGAAUUGCUGAAGGUACUGCUAUCACAUCUAGUUUUGAUGGGCUAAGGAGCAUUUCGAUUGCAAAGAUUACUUUAAGGUUGAAGAAUCACAUGGGAUCAAUCUCUAUUGUUGGAGGAACACAUAACGUCAAGCCUGCAGAUCAUCCCGUUGUAGGAGGCACCGGUGACUUCAUGUUUGUACAAGGGUAUGUGACAUCCUCUCCGGUGGAUCUCAAGGGCCCCACUGUUACCUACAAGAUAGAGUUUCACCUCUACUGGCCUCCCUAUGCAAAUAAAUUCUCACUUCAUCAUUAA